CUGGAGUCGCACACUCUCACAAAGUACAAAAUGCAGCACUCCAGCUGCACAAGCAGACUUCGGCCCUGCGCUCCGACCAGAAGGCGUCUGACUACUCCAGAACGUCGACAUGAGCGGCCAGCUCCGUUUAGAUGACAAACUGGAAAAAGGUCAUGCAAUGAAGAAUGAGGACAAGGUCUUCAGGUACAAUGGGAUUCUGUACCCCACCAUCAUGAGCCCAGAGGAGAACCUGAAGGCCAUGGUGAAUGUGGAAGCCAGACCAGAUGAUGUCAUGCUUGUUGCCUACCCAAAAUGCGGAUUCAACUGGAUGUUUGGGGUUAUGAAGAAGAUCGUAGCUGCUGUCAAAGGAACAGAGAGUGAGAUGAAGAUGCUGCCACUGAUUGAGUUUCUCGACCCAGUUAAGCAACAGGCGCUGGCUGACGUACCAUCUCCCAGAGUCCUGGGGACACACAUGCACCUCCAGAACAUUCCCCCUUCCUUUUUUGCCAAGAAAACCAAGAUGUUGGUCGUGUUCCGGAACCCUAAAGAUACAGCUGUCUCCUACUUUCAUUUCACCAACAACAACCCAGUGCUGCAGGCCUCUGAGUCCUGGGACAAGUUCUACUCAGACUUCAUGCAAGGAGAAGUGCCUUGGGGCUCUUUUUUUGACUACGCCCUGGCAUGGGAGGAGCAUAUCGACGACCCCAACGUUUUGGUCGUGACCUUCGAGGACAUGAAGCAGGACAUGUGCAAGGGGAUCGAGAAAAUCGCCCAGUUCUAUGGCUUCAGCUUGACUGAGGAGCAGGUCCAGAGCAUCGCCACGGCAAGUGGCUUCGACGCGAUGAAGGAGAGCUCCAAGAAAACGCAUGGACAAAUAACCAACGUCAUAUUCAGGAAAGGCGAGGUGGGAGACUGGAGGAACCACUUCACUGCGGAGCAGAGCCAGGAGAUGGACGCUGCUUUCGAGAAGCAUCUGGCUGGGACCAAGCUGGGCGCCAAGCUGAAGUAUGACGUUUACUGCAAGUAGGCUGUGAAGGCCGGACGGAGACCGCAGCAAAAUAGACAGGAACAUGUAGGGACUCAAAUACACAAACCUCAAAUAUUAAUAGUAAAUGAUUCUGAGUUUGAAGUGAUGUCACAGGAUGUCUGUGUAAGGUGGGUUUCUUUAUAAAAUCUGCAAAUGAACUACACAAUUGUUGCUUUGGUAUAAACCAUGUGAAACAUAUCUACUCUGCAUUAAAAUAUGCAUUUAUUGAA